UCACGUGACGGAGGCGGGCUUCAGUUCGAGUCGCCAUCUUGUCGUUGCCGGAGCAAACACAGAAGGACGACAAACGGCAGCAAAAAAUACUCCCUUAACGAGGCGUUAUUUCGCAUUAAAUCAGGGCGGAACAUUUAGCCACAUGAGUUCAUGGACUGCCUGCUGAUCAAUGGUUAUGCUACCGAUAACAGUCGCCUAGGUUUCCCCGGCUCUCUCGGCUCAAAGAUGGACGACGCAGCGGCGAGGGACGACGCCUGUCGAGAGUACCAGUCCUCUCUGGAAGACCUGACGUUCAACAGCAAGCCGCACAUCAACAUGCUCACCAUCCUGGCAGAGGAAAACCUACACUUCGCCAAGGAUAUCGUCGCAAUUAUUGAAGCUCAAAUAAGCAAGGCUCCAACCACCGAGAAGCUUCCAGUUUUGUACUUAGUGGAUUCCAUAGUGAAGAAUGUUGGAGGAGAAUACGUUGCAGUGUUUUCUAAAAACCUAAUCACUUCAUUUAUAUGUGUCUUUGAAAAGGUGGAUGAGAACACUAGAAAGAGUCUGUUCAAGUUACGCUCCACGUGGGACGACGUGUUUCCUCUUAAGAAACUGUACGCGCUGGACGUGCGGGUGAACUCCGUGGACCCCGCCUGGCCGAUCAAGCCACUGCCUCCCACGGUCAACGCCAGCAUUCACGUCAACCCCAAGUUUUUAAAGCAGUCUGAAGAGGUGUCCUCUCCUCCGCCUGUCCAGCCCGCCCAGCAGCCUCCGACCAAACCUCCGACCAAACCCCCGCCUGCAGCGGUUCCCACUCCUCUUCCUCCGCCUCCUCCUCCGGCCCCCGCAGUGAGCCAGUCCAGCGUGACCCAGGAGCAGCUGAUCCGACAGCAGCUGCUCGCCAAACAGAAACAACUCCUGGAGCUGCAGCAGAAGAAGAUUGAGCUGGAGCUGGAGCAGACCAAGGCUCAGCUGGCCGGAGGUUUCGUGAUGCCCGUAGCCUCGGCUCCACCUGCAGUGAACCCAGCUCAGAAACCCGUCAGUCCACCUGCCCCUGUGGUCCGACCCUGGAUCCCCCCUCAGACUCAACCCGAUACCAAACCCCCUACCAGAGACCCCCGUCUGAACCGCAGCGGCCCCACAGCUGCCCAACAGCCCAAAGAACAGCAUGCUGGGACAAAACAUGACACAAACAUGACUGGAGGUCUGGCUACCACACCUGAAAAGAGUCGUCCAGAGAAGACCAGGACCCCGAAGAAGGAGGUGUUGGAGGAGAAACAUAAGUCCAAGUCCCCGUCUCCCAUGGCCAAAAUGGUCCCAAGUAAAACUAAACAAGCAGAGACCGAGGUCCAGAAGUCUGCUGAGGGCACCAAGAAAGAUCCUCGUCUGAAGAAACGCACACAGGACAAGAGUGGGCAGUCUAAAGACGACGAGCUGAAGGAGAAGAAGAGAUGCACGGACAAAAAGGAGCGAGAGGUGAGCGCUCGAGGGCCGGAGUCUCAGCGGUCGAACAAAGGAAAGCUGGUCAACGGCUCUGUGAGCAAACAUGACCGCGAGGAGUCCAACGACAAGCCAGAGUUAAAGUCAGGAGGCAACGCUCGAACGCACGCCCGUAAACGAGCCCGCUCACGCUCAAGGUCGCGCUCCCCUGCUGCUUCUCCAAAGAGGAAGGACAGGAGGUCCCCAAAGGGCCAUGCCAGGAGCAGCUCCCUAUCCCCGUCCCCCUCACACAAGCACGGCAAACCAGGACGAGAGGACCGUCCAAUUCCCAAAAAGAACCAACCAGAGAGCAGGAGGUCAAAAAGGCCAACAGAGAAGCGGCACUCUGAGACCAGAGACUCCCACUCCCCCCGAGGACAUGAGGGAGGAGGCAAGGAGACGAAGGAGGCUCCGCAUCGCUGGAGGAGCGGCUGGGAGGACAAACACACAAAGCUCCCGGAGGACCCUCAUCCGAAGCCUGGACCUCAGAGACCCAAGCAGUACGGCACCCCAACACGACCCACCACCCCCAGAACCCCGAAACAUCGCCUUAGCGUGGACGCCAACAUGCAGAUCCCUGAGGUCCUGAACUCCGCCUCCAAGAAGGACCUGCUGAGAAGGGCCAGUCAACGCCUGGAGAGCGGCGAAAUCUCCCAGGAGGACUUCCUGAACAUGGUGCACCAGCUGAACUCCUUCUUUCAGUAUCAGGAGGAGAAGCAGCAGCACCCAGAGACCUGGGACUUCCCCACCAAGAAACCGCCCCUGCUGACAACGCCCCCCUCCAAUCAGUCCCGAUCUCAGGACGGCCUGAACGCUGCGGAGCUGUCGUAUUAUGAGCACAAGUCCAAGCUGAGGAAGACUCAGGUCUCACACCGCCUUGCGGGGGAAGAGUGGGGUGAAGGGGAGAGUCCACAGGAAUGUGAGGGGGCAGGACAAGAAGAGAAGCUGGGUGGCCGGAGCGCUGGACGCAGGGCGUCACAGGAUCGUCAGGGUGAGAGGCGGAGCAAAGAGCACGAAGAGCCCCACCCUCCAUCCGGCCCCAUGAUUGAGGAGUACAACCACGGGAAAGAGUUCCCCACCCUGAAGUCUCUGCCAGGACUCAGAUUCAGGAGGAGAGCGGACCCCAGAGAGACCAUGAGGUCAAAGGUCAGGCUGUGGAGCGGCAGUGUGUCAGGGACUCAGUCAGAGAGGCGACUGCAGGCAGAGAGAGAGUGGACCUCACCGCUGACUGAAAGACAGCGCUACGAGGAGCAGAAGAGUGGCUACGAUGCUCCGCGAAGGUACGCCGCUACUGCAGACCCCAGACACCUGGACCCUCGCAGGCCUGAGGGUUCCCUCUCUGGCACGAUGGUCCAUAAGAACUCACAGAGCCCGGCUGGUCUGGAAGCUCAACCCCCGAGGUUUGAGCGUGAGCGGCUGUCCCCUCUUAAUCAGAAAGACUCAGCCGAGGCGAGCCCAGUCCCUCGCUUUGAGAGUCCAAACAGCGAGCACUCAGACGACGGGCCCCUGGACACCCUUCCUCAAUCUGCCCCCAAAUCCAUCCUGAAGGCGCCUGGUCUAGCCGGGUUGUCAGUCCGCCAGCACAAUGACUCACCUGGACACACACCUCCUCACGAUGGAGGACACGCCCCCUCCAGGUAUGACCCUGCGCACAUCGGCCCCUCCAGACAGCACCCUCCAGGGUGGUUCGAGGGCGGGGGCCUGGGGCGCUACGAUGACACAUCCAGGUUUGAGGGGCCUCAUCACGCUUGCCCCGGCAGGUUCGAGGGGGGCGGACCACAUCACAACAUACCUGACAGGUUUGAUGGCCCCCAUCUGCCUCACGGUCCAAUCAGAGAAAGGGACGAUCUGGGACGCUUUGAGGGUCCGGCUCAUCCUCCAGUCUCUGGAAGGUUUGACGGGCCCCUGGGUCAGCAGCCUCCUGUGAGGUUUGAGGGCCAAGGGCCUGGACCAGGUCAUUUUGGGGCCCCUAUGCAGCGCUUUAACAACAUGGCUCCUGGUUCUGGUCCCGCUCCUGGUCCUGGUCCUAUUGGCUUCCAACAGCAGGGGCCCAUCCGCUUUGAAGGCCCCCCAAACCAGAUGGGCCCCAUGAGGUUUGAAGGUCCGAUGCGCUUUGAUGGUCCAAGUCAGUCUGGGCCCCGGUUCGACCUCCCCAACGUCCCCCAGCAGGGUGGGCCCCCCAUGUACGAGUGCGCUCCUGGACAGCAGGGACCACCCAGGUUCGGCCCCCAGCAAAACCUGCAGUCCACCAUGAGGCCAAUGGCCCCGCCCAUCUACGAUGGCCCUAUGGCCCCCCAGCAGAACUUCAACAUGGCCCCCCAGCGGUUCCUGGAGCCACUGAACCCUCAGUUCCCUGGGGGCCCGAUGGGCUUCCAGACACAGCAGAACAUGCAGUCCGCCACCAACUUCAACAUGCAGCCAACCCCGCCCUUCAGCCAGCCAGGCCCCGCCCCUUUCUACAACUCUGCUGCUCCUACUGUCGGCAUGCAACAGCCGGUGAACAUGAUGAACAUGAAUCAGCCGUUCCUGCCUCAGAACACCGUGCCUUACACUCCAGCUCCGGUCGUCCCUCCAGAGAAUCACUUCGGUCAGGUGGACGUCAACGACCUGCUGACCAAACUCAUCUCAAACGGUAUCAUCAAGCCAUCGCUGCCUGACACCGCGCCCACUGCCGCCCCAGGCUCUGCAGCUCCUCCUGCUGCUUCUACUACGACUACUCCUACUGCUGCUGUUGUGGAGGAGGAGGAGGAGCAGGAGGAGGAGGACGACGAUGGAGACCUCCCAGACCUCACUAGCUUCAGUAUCGACGACAUGAAGCAGCGGUAUGAGAGCGUGGUGACGCGCCUGUACUCUGGGAAUCAGUGCUGUCUGUGCAGCAUGAGGUUCACCACCGUGCAGACUGAUAUGUACGCAGAUCACCUGGACUGGCACUUCAGACAGAAUCACGCCGGGAAGGUGGCCAGCAAGAAGAUCACACACCGCCGCUGGUACUACACCCUCACGGACUGGAUCGAGUUCGAGGAGAUCGCCGACCUGGAGGAGCGUGCCAAGAGUCUGUUCUUUGAGAAGGUGAAUGAGGAGGAGGUGCAGAAGACUCAGGCGGCCGCCAAGGAGAAGGAGUUUCAGAGCGUGAAAGCCGCCAAGGACCAAGUAGGAGAGCUGUGCGAGAUCUGUCAGGAGCCGUUUGAGACGUACUGGGUGGAGGAGGAGGAGGACUGGUUCCUGAAGAACGCCAUCAGGGUCGACGACAAGAACUUCCACCCGUCCUGCUUUGAGGAUUAUAAAAACUCGUCGUAUAUCGACGCCACGCCGUCUCCCAGCAAGCUCACCAGCGAGCAUCCGCUGACUGCCUUCAUCAAGAAAGAAGAGAAGGAUGAAGAGGAAACGUCUUGUUCUGUUGCUGCUGCCACUGCCGUUGCCGCCAUCACUGCUGCUGUCUCCGCCCCCGCCUCACAGGAAGUGAAGAGCGAGGAGAGCUGCGAGCUUCCUGAAGUGAAAAAAGAGGCGGAGCUUUUAACAGAAGUGCAUUCAGAAGAAGCGGCUGAGUAACGCCGCUGCUGCCUCAUCUUUUUUCUGUUUUUGGAGGAGAACGUGUUUUUAUGGUGCCGAGCGGUCAGCAUCGAACCCUUAAAUACAUUUUAGUAUUUGGAUCCUACGUGACCUUUGACCUUUUGUGGUCUCUGUUUCUGUGAAUCAAAUGAAAACUGUUUAUUAAGAAGAGCAAAGUUCUGUUUGGAUAAAAGAUGUACAUGAGUUAAUUUAUAAUUAAAGUAUUUUUUGGUAUUCUGCUGAUGAUCCGGCUGUUUUUGUCACAGUCUGCAGGUAGACGAGUAAUGAUGGUAGUUUCAGGUGUGUUUGUGGCUGCGUUUAAAGGUAAGCAUCAUCUGAUCGGACAGCUGAACGCUCACCUGCUCGUCGUUGGAGGAUCUGCUGUUUUCUUGGGUUGAUUUUCAAUAAAAAAAAGUCUGAAACUUG